AUGCCAGCGCGAACACUCCUCGACGCUGAGGCCAGCGCCGAGUCCUCACGAAAACGUCAACGGCCGGCGCCCACGAGCGAUGACAGCGAAGGAGAAACCGCUACGCGCUCCAAUGCCAACCAGGCCAAAAGAGCCCCCGAUGAUGACGACGCUGAUGUCGACGAUGAACGAGGUCAUGCAGCAUCACCGGACUCGCCCCCCAAAACACAGUACGAGUUGAUGCGUGACAAUAACUUUGAGCAUCUGCAACAUCAGGAUGCCGACGAUCAGCGAGCCACCCAGAGACUACGCUUCAAACCUAACAGGCUGGGAGACAACGCGGUGGCCGAUAACGGCAUCUUGCAAAGCAUCACAUGCAUCAACUUUAUGUGUCACACACGACUACACUGUGAACUCGGCCCGCUUCUCAAUUUCAUCAGCGCCAUCUUGACCGCUAUCACUCUUUGUCUUGGUGGCAAGGCCAGCUCAACCAAUCGCGGAGGAAGUCUCAAGAGCUUCGUCAAGGAGGGCACCGAAAAGUCUGUUUUGAUUAACCAAGGCCAAGAUGCCUACAGGCAUGAUCGUCACUUCUCCAAGUCCGGCAGCAGCAGCUUCAAGAUCCAGGAAGUCGAGGAGAUCGUCGAGUACUACGCCCUGCAGGUGGAUAACCCCUUGAACGACAAUGCCCGUCAGUUCCUCAACUCGUCUACCAAACAGCAAAAGUACAAGUUCUUCAUCGAAGGUGUACAGCUGCAACAGCUGGACAAUGACUACAGGUUGAUCGCCGAGAGUCUGGAGCUGAUGGAAUCCAAAAUUCCCGACCAGGAGGAGCGGAGCUUCAAGGACGCUAUUGACGGGAAUCGCAAGCUGAGAGCCAAACAGCAUCAGCUUCGGAGCCAGAUGUGUUGGCUCCAAGCCAAGCUGACAAAAUUGGACGAGAAGAUUGCCCAACUUGCGGAUCAAAUGGCCGAAGCAGACCGUCAGAGAAAUGAAAAGGGCGUCGAUUUGGAGCGCAUCCAGGCCUUUAAGCAGAAACUGGAGGAGGCUAUCCAGCAAAAAAACGAAUUCGAAGAGCAGGUGGACGAGAGGAGGAAGAAAGCUCAAGCAAUCAAGAAUGAGCUGGCACAAAUCCAAGCAGACGAACGGGCAGCCCACCAAAACUUGAGAAUAAAGGACUUCGAAGAAAAGGUUGCGGCCGAAGAAAGGCGCCUCGAGGAAGCCACAGGAGAGGCCCUUCUUUCCAAAACUCGGGAGCUUGAGAAGGCAAAGGAGCACGCCAAGAUUUCCAAGGCCAAAGAGGACGAGAGAGACCUGCUAAACAAAGUAGACGAAGCCAAAAAAGCCCGAGAAGCCAAGGCCGCCGAAUGCUCUCGCAAGAAGGACGAAAUCACCGAGUUAAGGACCUCCAAGAAGGAUCAAGGCUCUAUCUAUGCAGGUUAUGAGCCCAAACUUCCUGAACUACUAAAGAUGAUUGAGAAAGAGACCAGGUUUCAGAACAAGCCGCUACUGAAGCCGGAGUGGUCUUCGAUCCUGGAAAAGACGCUUGGAGGCAUCCUCAAUGCAUUUAUCGUCCAGAGCAUGGCCGAACAAAAAUUGCUUCAGGGCUUGAUGAACAGACUCAACAUCCGCCAGUGCCCGGUAUUAAUCGGCAAUCGACAUCCCCUUAACACAGACGGCAAAGAGCCCGAUCCUUCCUUUGACACCAUUCUCCGUAUCGACAACAUGAUGUUGAUCAUCACCCAAAUGAUUGAGCAGGUCAUACUGAUACCACAGCCCGAGGAUGUCAUGUUCAGUGGAGCACGACCCCGAAACGUCAAGGCCUGUCUGACUUUCCAUGACAGAAAGAGGGACGAAGGAAUCCGACUGGUUGUCAACAACAGCGGAGGUAUGUCGACUUCUCCUGUGCAGCCCCAACGUAACCGCCCCCCACGGAUGAAGGCGGAUGUCGGCUCGCGGGUUGCUUAUCAAAAGGAGACCUUGCGACAUCUGGAGCAAGAGUAUAGCGUACUUGAGCGUGAACAUCGUCAACUGCAACAAGAGGUCCAGAAGUGCGCUAGCAACCUCACCAAGAUCCAGAGAGACAAGAAAACCUUCGACAGCGAAUUACGGCAUGCUAGGGUUCAAGUUGAACAAGUGCAAUAUCAACUUGAUGAAUACGAAGGCGGCGAUUCUCGCCUUACAGGCUUGAAGGAUGAAUUGGCUGUUGCCAAGGAAAAACAGGAGGCUUGCGGGCUUCAGUACGGCACCCUUCGGUUAAGGAAGGAUGAGAAGAACCACGCAUCCUCAGAAGCCCAGGCUCAGCUCACGGAAAUCAAGAAGGAAUUUGAGAAAUACGAAAAGGAGGUGAAUAAAUUGCAGGAGAAGAAGGCCAGGCUGGAAGAUGUGCAGAAGAUCAACCUCACAGAGGUCAAUGAAGCUCAUGCCUCUUUCGACAUAUUCAAGGGGGAAAAGGAGGUUGCCGAGAAGGAUCGUGAAAAAGGUGCCGAAGAAGUCGCCGCUUUCACAAAACAAAUCAUUGAAGCAUUAGGGAGUGAAGAACGAGCCCACGUUAACCCAACCGACAAGUACGAGGAGCUGGAAAAGCAAUACCAGAAUAUCCAAAAUCAACUGGAGAAAGAGCGACGUAAGAGGGGCAUGACGGAUGAGGAAGUUUAUGCGAACCUCACGAGGGCGAAGGAGACCUAUGAUGAUGCCAAGAGAUCUCUUGAAGGCAUCAAGACGGUCAACUCUCGUCUUCGUCGGACGCUGACCAUUCGUCUCGAGAAGUGGCGCAAGUUCCAGCGAUACAUCUCGUCACAGAGCCGGGCGAACUUCAUUUAUCUUCUCAGCGAGCGUGGCUUCAGAGGCAAGUUGCUGCUGGACCACGAGCGGAAGGCUCUGGAUCUGGUGGUCGAGCCUGACAAGACCGAGAAGAGGGCAGCCGGGAGGAACACGAAGACAUUAUCUGGCGGCGAGAAGUCUUUCUCAUCAAUCUGUCUGCUGCUGAGUAUUUGGGAGGCCAUGGGAAGCCCGCUCAGAUGCUUGGAUGAGUUCGACGUGUUCAUGGACAAUGUCAACCGUGCAAUCAGCACAAACAUGCUGAUUACUGCUGCUCGUCGGUCCGUAAAUCGGCAGUAUAUCUUUAUCACACCGAAUGCCAUCGAGGGACGGAACACCCUCGAUAAGGACGUCAAGAUUAUUCGACUGACGGAUCCGCGGCAGAGGACGUUGGCCGACCACUGA